CCAAUUGUUUUAUAUAUAUGAUUAAAUUGGCUAUUGCAAUUUAUCGGAUUCCUAAUUCUAAUCCGUUUAAAUCUUAUGCUAUUCAAAUUUUUAAUCAACGAUAUAUUGAAUUUCAACAUUCAUCUUACCUUUUAUGUUAUUAUCUUCAUCCAUUUUAUCGUGCAUUUCGAGAUGUUGCAAUAACAGCUUCUACUCUUUGGCAAGGUUUAGGACAUUCUGAACAAGAAUGUAAAAAGUUAAUUUCAGAAUUUCGAUUAACAUUUAAUGAAGAUUUAUUAGCAAAUACUAAUUUAGUUUUAGAAGAUUUUGUGAAUUUACGAGAUCCAAUUUUUCAGGAUGGAGAAAAUGGAUUACGUGAAGAAUUAAAUAUACCUAAUAUUGAUGAAGAAAAUAUUAAUAUGGAUUUUGAUUCUGUUAAUUUAGUUGAUGAUAUUUUGAAUGUUGAAAUGGAUUGA